UCCCGCCCCCCCCCCCCCCCCGGUGUUUCCAGGCGGCCGUGCCUGAGUACGACAGGGAAAAUCGGGAAUCAGUGGGAUUCCUUCCCGUUUUUCCGGCUCUGGAGGGGCCACAUCCCAGCGCUGAGCGGGUGCAGAAUCCACUGAAGGACUUCUCUUCCUAAAUCCCUGUUCUUUUCUUUCCCAGAUGUUUCCCGCUGGCCUCUGCCUCUAGGAUGUUGGAGAACCGAGAGGAAGAGCUGACCACGGUGCGAGUGCAGGAUCCCCGCGUGCAGAACGAGGGCUCCUGGAAUUCCUACGUGGAUUACAAGAUCUUCCUGCACACCAACAGCAAGGCCUUCACCGCCAAGACCUCGUGUGUGCGGCGCCGGUACCGGGAAUUCGUGUGGCUGAGGAGGCAGCUCCAGAAAAACGCUGGAUUGGUGCCCGUGCCGGAGCUGCCGGGGAAAUCCGCAGCGUUCUUCGUGGGCAGCACGGAUGAGUUCAUCGAGAAGCGGAGGCAGGGGCUGCAGCAGUUCCUGGAGAAGGUGCUGCAGAGCGUGGUGCUGCUCUCCGACAGCCGCCUGCACCUGUUCCUGCAGAGCCAGCUGCCCGUGCCCGCCAUCGAGGCCUGCGUGCAGGGCCGGGGCCCGCACGGCGUCACCGAGGCCAUCCUGCGCUACGCCAUGGCCCCCUGCGCCUGGGGGCACCGCGGGCACGGCCCCGCGCCGGCCCCGGCACCGCCCGGCCACCCCGGUGACGUCUGUGCCGGCCUGGGAAGCGCCCAAGGCUGCCUGGAGAGCUUCCCGUACUGGGGCGACUUCGGCAUGGACGAGGCACGGCCGGAGAGCCCGGCCGGACACGGAGUGACCCCUCUGGAGAGCCCGGCCGGACACGGAGUGACCCCUCUGGAGAGCCCGGAGAGCCCGGCUGGACACGGAGUGACCCCUCUGGAGAGCCUGGCCGGACACGGAGUGACCCCUCUGGAGAGCCCGGCUGGACACGGAGUGACCCCUCUGGAGAGCCCGGAGAGCCUGGCCAGACACGGAGUGACCCCUCUGGAGAGCCCAGAGAGCCCGGCCGGACAUGGAGUGACCCCUUUGGAGAGCCCGGCCGGACACGGAGUGACCCCUCUGGAGAGCCCGGCCGGACACGGAGUGACCCCUCUGGAGAGCCCGGCCGGACACGGAGUGACCCCUCUGGAGAGCCUGGCUGGACACGGAGUGACCCCUCUGGAGAGCCCGGAGAGCCCGGCCGGACACGGAGUGACCCCUCUGGAGAGCCUGGCCGGACACGGAGUGACCCCUCUGGAGAGCCUGGCUGGACACGGAGUGACCCCUCUGGAGAGCCCGGCCGGACACGGAGUGACCCCUCUGGAGAGCCUGGCCGGACACGGAGUGACCCCUCUGGAGGAGCCCCCCCCGGGAUGUCCGGCCCGACACGGAGUGACCCCUCUGGAGAGUCCGGAGAGCCCGGCCGGACACGGAGUGACCCCUCUGGAGGAGCCCCCCCGGGAUGUCCGGCCGGACACGGAGUGACCCCUCUGGAGGAGCCCCCCCGGGAUGUCCGGCCGGACACGGAGUGACCCCUCUGGAGGAGCCCCCCCGGGAUGUCCGGCCGGACACGGAGUGACCCCUCUGGAGGAGCCCCCCCGGGAUGUCCGGCCCGACACGGAGUGACCCCUCUGGAGAGCCCGGAGAGCCCGGCCGGACAUGGAGUGACCCCUCCGGAGCCCUGGCUCGGAGAGGGAUCCGUGCGGAGGCACCGGGAUGGCCGGACUGGGUGGACUGGGCAGCACUGGGAGCUCUUUCCCAGCGGAUUCCCGCUUUUCUCCGCUAUUCCCCCGGCCGCGUUUCCUCGCUCUGCUCCCGGAGGAGGGAUCUGGGAGCUCGGGAAUGCCGUGGUCUUGCUUCCCACGGUGGCCGUGGCUCCCUGGCCGGAGCGGGGAGCGGGGCUCGGGGGGUGGCAGUGCCGCCGGGCUCCGUGUCCUCGGCACUUCCCGCUGGGAUAAGGGAGGGAUGGGGUUGGAAUUUGGGUCCCUUCCCGCUGCUGGGGCCGUUCCAGGCUGGAAUUUCUGGGAAAGCAGGAGCGGCUCGGGUGGUUUUGGUGUCCCCUCCCUCUGAGCACUUGGUGUGGGCAGGGCUGGCGAGCCCUGGCUGGACGUGAAAAUGAAAUCAAAUAAAAAUAAA